GCGGCGAUUUCAUCAUGCUCCCGGCCGGGCCGCGCGUGCCGCUUCCGCCGCCGCCCGCUCCAGACCGCCCAGGCCCGCGGGCUCAUGCACUCUCUGCGCUCGGCGCUGCUUAGAGCCGCCCGCGCCGCGCUGCUGCUGUCGCUGCCCUCCCGGCUCCCGGCCCGGCCUCCGCUCCCGUCCUGCCGGCCCUUCAGCGCGCGCGCCCGCGCCCAGACCUCAUUCCCCGCCGCCGCCUCCCGGAGCAGCAUGGACGGCUCCGGGGCUGAGGAGGUGCUAGCCCCUCUCAGGCUUGCCGUGCGCCAGCAGGGAGAUCUUGUUCGAAAACUGAAAGAAGAUAAAGCACCCCAAGUAGAUGUAGACAAAGCUGUAGCUGAGCUCAAAGCCCGGAAGAGGGUUCUGGAAGCAAAGGAGCUAGCAUUACAACCCAAAGACGACAUUGUAGACAGAGCAAAAAUGGAAGAUACCCUGAAGAGGAGGUUUUUCUACGAUCAAGCUUUUGCUAUUUAUGGAGGUGUUAGUGGUCUGUAUGAUUUUGGGCCAGUUGGAUGUGCUUUGAAGAAUAAUAUUAUUCAGACCUGGAGGCAGCACUUUAUCCAAGAGGAACAGAUCCUGGAGAUUGAUUGUACCAUGCUCACCCCUGAGCCAGUUUUAAAGACCUCUGGCCACGUAGACAAAUUUGCUGACUUCAUGGUGAAAGAUGUAAAAAAUGGAGAGUGUUUUCGUGCUGACCAUCUAUUAAAAGCUCAUUUACAGAAAUUGAUGUCUGACAAGAAGUGUUCUGCUGAGAAGAAAUCAGAGAUGGAAAGUGUCUUGGCUCAGCUUGAUAACUAUGGACAGCAGGAACUAGGAGAUCUUUUUGUGAACUAUAAUGUAAAAUCCCCCAUUACUGGAAAUGAUCUCUCCCCUCCAGUAUCUUUUAACUUAAUGUUCAAGACCUUCAUUGGGCCUGGAGGAAACAUGCCUGGGUACUUGAGACCAGAAACCGCACAGGGGAUUUUCCUGAAUUUCAAGAGACUUUUGGAAUUCAACCAAGGAAAGUUGCCUUUUGCUGCUGCCCAGAUCGGAAAUUCUUUUAGAAAUGAGAUCUCCCCUCGAUCUGGACUGAUCAGAGUCAGAGAAUUCACAAUGGCAGAAAUUGAGCACUUUGUAGAUCCCAGUGAGAAGGACCAUCCCAAGUUUCAGAAUGUGGCAGACCUCCACCUUUAUUUGUAUUCAGCAAAAGCCCAGGUCAGCGGACAGUCUGCUCGAAAAAUGCGCCUAGGAGAUGCUGUUGAACAGGGUGUGAUUAACAACUCAGUAUUAGGCUACUUCAUUGGCCGCAUCUACCUCUAUCUCACGAAGGUUGGAGUAUCUCCAGAUAAACUCCGCUUCCGCCAGCAUAUGGAGAACGAGAUGGCCCACUACGCCUGUGACUGUUGGGAUGCCGAAUCUAAAACAUCCUAUGGCUGGAUUGAGAUUGUCGGAUGUGCUGAUCGUUCCUGUUACGACCUUUCUUGUCAUGCUCGAGCCACCAAAGUCCCACUUGUAGCUGAGAAACCUCUGAAAGAGCCCAAAACAGUCAGUGUUGUUCAGUUUGAACCCAAUAAGGGAGCAAUUGGUAAGGCAUAUAAGAAGGAUGCAAAGCUGGUGCUGGAGUACCUGGCUGUUUGUGAUGAGUGUUACAUUACAGAAAUGGAGAAACUACUGAAUGAAAAAGGGGAAUUCACUAUUGAAACUGAGGGGAAAUCAUUUCAGUUAACAAAAGACAUGGUCAGUGUGAAGAGAUUCCAGAAAACACUACAUGUGGAAGAAGUUGUUCCGAAUGUAAUUGAGCCCUCCUUUGGCCUGGGCAGGAUCAUGUAUACGGUAUUUGAACAUACAUUCCAUGUACGUGAGGGAGAUGAGCAGAGAACGUUCUUCAGUUUCCCUGCUGUAGUAGCUCCAUUCAAAUGUUCGGUCCUGCCACUGAGCCAAAACCAGGAGUUCAUGCCAUUUGUCAAGGAAUUAUCGGAAGCCCUGACCAGGAACGGCGUCUCUCACAAAGUAGACGACUCCUCUGGGUCUAUUGGAAGACGCUACGCCAGGACUGAUGAGAUUGGCGUGGCUUUCGGCAUCACCAUUGACUUCGAUACAGUGAACAAGACCCCUCACACGGCAACUCUGCGGGACCGAGACUCCAUGCGGCAGAUUAGAGCAGAGGUCUCUGAACUGCCCAGUGUAGUCUGCGAUCUGGCCAAUGGCAGCAUCACGUGGGCCGAUGUGGAGGCCAGGUAUCCUGUCUUUGAAGGGCAAGAGACUGGUAAAAAAGAGACAAUUGAGGAAUGACGACAAUUUUAACGACUUUUGACCACUUGCCCUAAUAAAAAAAUAGCUUUUAUCAUGUCCACUUUACAAACAGCAUUGCAACUACUCCUGGGGACUGCAUUUUAUCCUCAGUGGCUGCCUGAUCUGAUCCCCACAAUUAAAGUUGAAGGGAUUCUGAACAAACUUGUAAUCCAUUUGCUCCUGUUUCUGCAUUUUCAGCAAAGCUGUAUUUUUCCCCACCUUGGGUAGACAUGCCCAUGACUUAAUGUUAAAC